ACCGCGAGCUGCAAGCACCAACAGCCUGGUCAGACACCGGGUCGCGGGGAUGGUAAACCCCGGAAUUAUCAUAAGGACAGCUCAUCAGGGAUGCCCGUCACGCUUAAGGUGGACCCACAAGGAUUCUACCUCUACUGGAAGAACACCAGCAACCCGGACGCGGAGACGGAGAUGCUGGACAUCAUGACCAUCAGAGACACCCGCAAGGACAAGUACGCCAAGGUGCCCAAGGUGAGAUUAGCGGCCUUACUGACAGUAUUGGAAGACCCCAAGCUGAACAAGUCGGGCUCCACCGACCUCAUGGAACAGAAGAGUUUCACCGUCGUUCAUGGACCAAACUUCGUCGACGUCUCCUACUGCAAUUUCAUCGCCCAGAAGCCGGAGAUCGCUAAGCUAUGGGCGGACGAGAUCCUCAAGAUGGCCUACAAUCUCAUCUCCAUCAACGCCUCGCCCAUGACCUUCCUCCACAAGGCCUACAAGAGGCUCUGCCUCACCGCCGACCGCUCUAACAAAGUCGCCGUUAAAAACAUAGUGAAGCUCUUCGCCCGUCACGGUGACGACAAGAGGCGGGUGGAGGUGGCGCUGGAGGCUGCUGGACUUCCCUCUGGCAAGACGGACACUGUGGGAGUGGAGAUCUUCACCUGGGACACCUUCCUCGUCUUCUACCACAUGCUUACCAACAGGCUCGAGGUGGAGAAGGUCUUCUGUUCUGUAACUGACCAGCCAUUCAGCGCCAGCAAGAGGACCAAGCUCCGAGGAAUGAGUGUAGAGCAGUUGGUAAAGUUCCUGAACGAGGAGCAGAGGGAUCCUCGCCUCAAUGAGAUCCUCUACCCUUAUGCCGACACUGCCAAGGCUACGGAGGUCAUCAGGGACUACGAACCUCUCAAGGAAAAUAUUAGUAAAAAUGUGUUGAGCUGUGAGGGGUUUCUCAAGUAUCUGAUGUCUGAUGAAAAUACUGUUAUGUCGAUGGAGAAACUUGACCAGUAUGAGGACAUGGACCAACCUCUCGCUCACUACUUUAUUAACUCUUCCCACAAUACGUACCUCAUAGGUCACCAGCUCACGGGUAGGUCCUCGGUGGAAAUGUACCGGCAGUGUCUAUUGGCUGGCUGUCGCUGCGUUGAGCUUGACUUCUGGAAUGGUAGACUGGAAGAACCUGUCAUUGUCCAUGGCUUCACAUUAGUGCCAGAAAUUAGUGCCAAGGAAGUGAUUGAAGGUAUAGCAGAGUCAGCCUUCAAGACAUCAGAGUGGCCUGUGGUUCUAUCGUUUGAGAAUCACUGUAACCCUCGACAACAAGCCAAAAUCGCUAGUUAUUGUCGAGAAUUUUUUGGUGAUAUGUUGCUGGACUCUGCAUUAGAUGCUUAUCAGCUUGAACCUGGCAAUCCACUUCCACCACCAUCAAGUUUGAAACGUAAAAUUAUAAUUAAGAAUAAGAAGAAACACCGCACUCAUCACCAUCACUCACACAAGAGAAACACACCUGGAGGCGACUCACAGUUUCACGUUGAACUUAAUCAGACUGGGGAAUCGAGACCCACAGAAAUGCAAGGUAACGGAGAGAUUCCUAGGCCGUUGCUAGAGAAAGAAGGAUCAAGAGAAUCUUCAGAAGAAGAGAAUGAAGUAGCUAAUGCCUUUCCCCACCUGGUGGCCAGGCUGAUAGGAGAGAUACCGGAUGGAGGAGUGGAAGACGUCGUAAGCUCAAGCUCCGACGAAGAAGGUGCGCUCACACCAGAAGAAAUACACGAACGAGAAGUAACGAGCCCUGAGCGGGGCACGACAGAUGCAGAGGAGGAGGCGGGGGCCGAGAUAUCUGCGCUAGUCAACUAUGUACAACCUGUUCACUUCCACUCAUUUGAAGCUGCAGAAAAACGAAAUAGAAGUUAUGAGAUGUCAUCAUUUGUAGAAACACAGGCUAGUAACUUAUUGAAGGAGAGCCCGAUGGAAUUCGUUAACUACAACAAACGACAGUUAGCAAGAGUUUAUCCACGUGGUACGCGGGUCGACUCUUCAAAUUUCCUCCCUCAUCAGUUCUGGAAUGCAGGAUGUCAGUUGGUGGCCUUGAAUUAUCAGACACUUGAUCUUGCAAUGCAGUUGAAUCUAGGAAUUUUCGAGUUUAAUAACAGAUCUGGAUACCUUCUUAAGCCCGACUUCAUGAGAAGACCAGACAGGCGAUUUGAUCCAUUUGCAGAGUCAACAGUAGAUGGUAUUAUUGCUGGCACAGUUUCUGUUAAGGUGAUAUCUGGCCAGUUUUUGUCUGACAAGCGUGUUGGCUGCUACGUUGAAGUCGAGAUGUAUGGUUUGCCUGCCGACACAGUUCGUAAGCGAUUUAGAACUAAAACUGUUCCUAACAAUUGCAUAAAUCCUGUUUGGGAUGAAGAACCAUUUGUUUUUAAAAAGGUGGUAUUACCUGAACUUGCCACUAUACGAAUUGUAGCAUAUGAAGAAGGUGGCAGAGGGAGUUUGGGUAAUCGUGUCCUUCCUAUAGUAGGCCUUAGACCUGGAUAUAAACACAUAACGCUACGAAAUGAGGCCGGACAACCACUGGGAAUUACGUCACUCUUUGUACAUGUUAAGGUUGGUGACUACGUUCCUCAUGGUUUAAGCGAUUUUGCUGAAGCUCUAGCCAACCCCAUCAAGUAUCAGAGUGAACUGGAGAAGAGAGCACAGCAGCUCUCAGUUUUCCAGGAUGACGAGGAGAUGGAGCAAGAAGGCAUAGAUGGUGAACCUCCUCAUACUCCAGCUAAAAAAAACGAAAGCCAGGGGCUUAGUGGAGAAGGCUCGUUAAUUCCUGGGGAAGAAGGACAGGUUAAGGUCUUCAAAACUAAAAGUAACGGUGAAGUUCCAGAUGCGACAGUGCCUGCACACGAGAGCACACCCAUAGGAGCACGUCGGCAGAACUCAACCAAGCCUCACUUGAACACAAAACCAAGUGAAGAAAAGCCUGAUCGAGAAAAGGAUUGUUCUCUCACUCUUCUAGAAACAAGCAAACUCCUUAUUGAAGCAGAAGGGCUUGACAAAUUAUGGAACUCCAAGAGUGUGAAAGAGAAAAGAAUAGAGCUUGAUAAAAGCAUAGAGAAGAUACGAAGAAAAUAUGAAAAGGAACGACAAAGUCUUACGCAACAGCAGGAGAAGAGAAGAAGUCAGCUUCAGAAAUCACAUUCUAAACUUGUAAAAAAAUACUCGGCCACCAAAGGGAUAGAACCAACGGGGCCUGUUAAAAGAGAAAGCGCUCAAGAGCUUAGCACAAUGCAAGAAGAGCUUGACGCACGUUUACAAGAGCUGGAGAAGUCCUACCAGGCGAGUCUUAAUGAGCUUGGCCAAGCAACUUUGAUAGCCGAAAAGAAACUGCAAGAAAAAUAUCAUGAACCGAUAUACUCAGCACUAGAUAAAGCCAUGAAAAUGUCUCAAGCAGCACAAUUAAAAACCUUACAAACUUUACACGAUAAACAAGUGGACGAUAUAAAACGAAGAACAGAAGAAGCGCACAGAGAAAAGCGGAAAGGUCUUGGUAAAACAACUGGUGAUAAAGAAGAAUUAAGCAGGAAAAAGCGCGAGAUUAGUAAACAGAUAGUUGCCGAAGGUAUCCAGGAAAGACAGAGGCUCACUGACAUUCAUGACAAGAAGAAGACAGAAUUAGAAAAGCAACACGAAGAAAUUCGCAUUCUGUUUGAGGAAGAAAAACUCAAGGCGAGAAAUGCAAUUGAAACAGAUUAUGAAGAAAGACGCAUAAAACUAGAAGAAUCCCUUUCCUCAUAGACUGCUGUUUAAGGUACAGGGAGAGGCUGCAUGUACCUGUAUUACAGCACAUGGUUUGCCAACCGCAGAACACAACCCCAUGUUCCUUAACAGUAGGCGCCUUUGUUUAAGCAAAUGACAGUUUCAUAUGAUGUCAAGCCUACACAGGUUCUAAAGACACUGUUCUACAGUUGACACCAUUCUCAGUCAUUUGCUUUUGUGUGUGUGUGUGUGUGUGUGUGUGUGUGUGUGUGUGUGUGUGUGUGUGUGUGUGUGUGUGUGUGUGUGUGUGUGUGUCAAAAAUCUCCUGGCGCCUGAAUAAACAAAGAAGCUUUAUGUGUGUGGGGGUCAUUCACUACUAGUCACUGUGUAGAGGAAACCACUAGUGCUGCCCAUGUGAGCCAAGUGUUUAGGAUUCGUGUAAUUGUGGGUUUAUUAUGUACUGUACAGUAUAAUCCUGACGAGAGAUUUUAUAUUUGCUGUAAAUUAGAAACUUGACAUUAGAGGCUGAAUUACGACAAGUAUUUUUUUGUUGGGAUUGAGAGAGAGAGAGAGAGAGAGAGGUUAGUGUUACUGCGUCUCUCACUGCCUCUGGCCAGGGAAAGAAAUACAUGCAAAAAUAUUUUAUUUGGAGGAUGGAAAGACAUUUAAUUAAUAGACAUUUAACUAUUUAAGGCAUUUUUGAAUAUACAUUAUAUUUAUUACUCAUCCUUUGCAGUUUUCAUUGAUGAAUGUAUCUUUUGUUGCUGGUUUCAAAUUAAGUUAUUUCAGAUGGGAACAUGAUUAUUUUUCAGUAUUUGUUAUUUUAGUAUUACAUGAAUUAUGUCAAAUCAUCAGUUUUGUUGUUACAAUUUACAAUUUCUUGUGUGUGUACAUUUUGUUGGGUCUCGUUAUGUUAUCAGGUGCCAAUAAUUGUUUUCCACAUUAUAAAUUAUCGUGAUAUAAAGUGUGGAUUAGCUAUUAAUUUGACGUGUAAUUCAUAUCAUUCUUAAAUAUUCAUUUUUCAUCAUGAUAUAUGCCAUAUUACAAUUUGUUUUCUCCAGUUGAUAACCGUUUGUGGUUUGUCAAUAUUUGGGAAACAAUUUUCAUGAUCAUCACACAGAUGCAGUACUUUUUAUAUGGGUUUUCUUACGUUGUCGUGAUUGGAGUAUAUUAUUUGUGAUAUAUUUGGAAGCAAGAGACUAAAAGCUGUAAACAAUCAUUAGACAUAUGCCAAUGUUGAUACUGUCAUUUAUUGUUAAACAAUGUAUAUAGCUACUUCAGUGAAUUUUUAAUAUGACUAUAAUCAUCAGCAUCAAUAAAAGUAUGGAUGCAAUUUAUGUGGUAUAUGUACUAGGUAUUUCAGAAGUGAAAAUGAAGACAAGGGCUGCGUUCGACAAUUGUCUCUUCUUGCAUCUCUAAGUACGAUUUACUUCCUAACAGGAGAUAGUUUACUAAUUGGUAAGGAAUGUUUUAGACCAACCUAAACCAAUUGAACAUUAUAUAAAUUCUUCAACUUGGGAACCUAUUAGUCCCACCAGCCUUUAUUAUAAGAAAUGUUCUCUAAUAUACAGUACUACUACCCAAUUACACCUCUAUUACAUUGUGUAUAAAUUUACCAUUACUUUCCAAGAUAAUUACCUCAUUUUCUGUAUGAAAUCCAAAGAAAGUUAUGUUAUCUAGGUUUGUAGAGAACUAAAUAAUUCCUUAUCAUUUGGGGAAUGAUGUACUCCUGCGUGGGGUUCCAGGUGAGAUGCUUAAAUUUAAUGAAUUUUCGAACACAGCCAGAAUAUUCUAUGCAGAUGUAGUUGACCAUAGUCCUUACUGGCCUUUCUACUCCUUAAACAAGAAGCUCUGCCUCAUGUAUAGGUAAUCAAGAUUCCAUUACAAGAAAAUUCAAACAUGGGUACUCUCAACUCUGGCUUGUCAAAUUGUGUGUGUAUAAAAUUCUUAUUUAUUUAGUAUUCUAAACCGUGUUACAAUCGUGUGCAUUUUUUAUGUACACUUCAGUGAUGUUGAGAGCCUGAUGCAUGUAGUAUCAAAUGCUAGGAAAUGAAUUUAUACUGAUAAUUAUUUAAUUAUACAUCACAUUUAUCAUAAACAUCAAGACAAAAUGGUUACUUUUAGUUGUAGCAUGAAGACACUUUCAAAAAAGAUUAUAGGUUAAUAAUUUGCACAUCUCCCACAUGUAAGAGAGUUGUAUUGACAUCUUUUAGAUAAGAGUGUAUUGAUAACUAGGCUCUUCUCAGAUGUACUGUACUGUUAUGCUACUUUACACCUCUGUGUACUAACUUGUUAUUUGUCAUUUACAAUUACAUUUGUAAUCUAAAAAUUAAAAAAAAAAUUUUUUUUUUAUAUUUGUGUAUAAAAUAUAUUUCUGUUUAUCGAAGAAAAUAUGUAGAUUUUAACAUUUACAGUAUUUCACAAGCAGACAAUGAGUCACAAUAACGUGGUUGAAGUAUGUUGACCAGACCACACACUAGAAGGUGAAGGAAGAAUGGUCCAGGACGGACCGAAACAUUGUCGUCCCUUCACCUUCUAAUGUGUGGUGUGGUCUGGUCAACAGUAUUUCACAAGUUUUUUUUUUCAAAUGUAUUUAUUAAUUAAUAUCAACACACAUUCAGGAACUCUCCUUUUUUAUUUGUCUUGGUGCACGUACAGUAUAUUUAGCCUCGAUUACCAAUAGGUGCCAUGACACAGAGUUGGUCGAACGCAUGUUUUGUAUUGUUAAAGCAACUUCAUAAGCAUUAUUUAGAAUAAAUUUAAUAACUGACUUUGCAGUGCAAUAAUGAAAUUAAAUAUUUAAGAAAGAAAUGGAAAGAGCUAAUGGAAUCAUUCCCGGAAGAUUUUGUAUUUGAUGUCGAAGAUAAUUGAAUUGCCUAGCUGGUGUGUAGCAGAAUACCAGGAGGCCUAUAGCAGAGUACCACUUUUAAAGAAUAAAAGUUAGAAUUUUGUCCUUUGAUCUUAACGUGUAAAAAGUGUUUGCUUUGGGCCGAGCUUCUUCCCUCAAAUGUUUCUCAACAACAUUUUGGAUGAUUUAGGAUGUGAAACGUUUUUUCCAGAAAGAACUGUAUGAAUCAUGUUAGGUGAUCACAAAACAUUUUUGGCUAGUGUAGUGAAAUUGCAGAGUUCUUUUGAUGUUGGACUCAAAUUACUAGAAUUCCACUAAUUUUCAUAGAACCCUUAACUGCUGUUAAUGAAUAGAAGGUGUGUUUUUUAUAUGUAAUUUUUUUGUAAAAGUUAAACCUCGGUCAUUACGUGAAGUCAGCUGUGUAUAAUAGGUGUUCAUUCGUCUCCCUUCCCAUACUCACGCCCAGCUGUCCCGUAACGGAGUAUUUAGUGUUCUUAACAUGCUACACAUCCCACUCUUUUUCUUGACAUUUCAUUCAUUGUGUGUGUCUACACUAAGAGGUAAGGCCAAAACCUUGAAAACAUUUACACAAUUUAUAGUUGCCCCUGAAAUCAUCAUAUCCCAAGUUCCACUUACAUGUUCAUCAAAGAGAAUUUAUUCUCAUUGUCAGCAAGAGAGAGACAGCAAACCCAGUGCUAAAUGUAUUAGUCUACCAGUACAAUUGUCAAGCUAUAUUUUCACAUGUUAAUUACCGAGCCGAUUAUGUUUGCCUUCUCUCUGUCAACUGACAUCAGAUGAUCGUUACUGAAGUGUGAAAAAGUGUAGAGAGCAAUAAGAAUCAGUUUCAGUGAUUUUUGGCUCGUCACUGUUUGAGCCUUUCAAUAUGUGAGCAGUACACUAAGAGAUUAUGCCUGUUGAAUUGGCUACCACUCAGUUGUAUUGUUUUCUCAACUGUUUGUUAUUUGUUGUCAAUGUGUAGAGACUGGCAACAUACCAGAUACCUCCCUUAUGUAGUCUUUAAGUUAAUGGACCAAUGAAAAGUCACUUACAUCCAUGUACAUGCAUGCAAGCAUGCACGAGCAUAUGUAUACAUACACAAUGUAAACAUGCAUACAUACAUAUACAUUUACACAGACAAGUACACAUGGAAAUAAGAACCUAGAUUAUUCCCAAGGUUUUCAAGUCAUAUUGAUGUCAACCUGCAGCCAAGUGCAUAAGACAUUCUUGUUCCUUUGAAAAGUUGGCUUAAGAAUGGCUGAUACUUUGAAAAUAUGUGGAACUUUUGAGGAGAGUUGUAACCCUAGACAGUUAAAUGAAUAUAAUAAAGUAUUCUCAAAACUAUUGGGCUUGGGGCAUUAUUAGCAAGGAAAAGCUGAUGCAUUUUUUAAAGAUCUAAUUGCAGUGUAAUCUUCAUAUGCAAUUCCUAACAAUUUAUUUAUGUAAGUUUUAAAGCAACUCUUACCAGUGCUGAUGUGCUGUUCUAUGUACAAAUGCACAAAUAUUUUGUAUAGCAUCUACCUGAGCUCCAUUUCAUUGGGGGCUUUCUUUAUAAAUAUACAAGUAUGUAAGUAUUUAAUUUAAAAUACACUGUCAAGAUUUGAGCCUUUAAAGCUGAGGUUGUGAAGAAGUUUGAUCAACAUGACUGUCUUGAGGCACAGCCACCAAUACAAGUGCUGCAUUCAUA